AUGCGCCGAUUCACGAACAAGUUGCGCAACCUCUUCCAGCGUGAUCGGAAACCCAUGGCAUCGACGGAAGACGAUCCUCGCAAUAUCUCCCACGACUCCCAACGCUUCUCCGACAAGCUUAAGAGACUCUUCCGAUCCAAGCGUAAACCCAUCCAUUCGCCGCACCACCCUUCACCGGAAUACAAGGCGCCGAACGGAAUGACAAAAUACCGCCUCCAAGACCUCACCCUCCCCCGCUUCCCCUACGAAUACGACCCCAACAAGCCCUUAGCCUGGCACACCUCGCGCCCUCCCACGCCCGAAGGAACCAUCCUCAAUCAAUGGAACCAAGCCCCAACCUGGAGCGCACUGCUAGACCUCAACCGAGCCUUCCUCCGCGGCCAAAUCCCCAUAACCCCCUACGCCCACCUCCUCCACCUCUCCGACAUGGCACCAUGCAUUGCAAGCUUGCUGAUGUUGCAUAAAUACGGCCUACUCACCCUCUCCGCCCAACCCUCCUCCCCCGGCCACCCCGUCUACGGACUCUGCCGUCCCGCCCAAGACCGCGUGCAAGAAUACGCUUGGGAACAGGACCAAUUACUUUCAUUCCUCACUUUCAUCGUGCCUGGACGUCCCGACAACUCUGCUUGUACGGCAGGGCAAGUCUCCGGAUUCCUCGACAUCUUGCUCACUCAUCCGGAUGUGUAUGCGCAUGUUAUGAGGAGUGAGGGAGCGUGGGAUCAACUGGAUCGGCCGUGUGGGAGGGUGGACGUUAAGGCGAGGAGUUCGUUUCCGGGGUUUUGGGGGACGCAUGUGGCGAGGGUGGCGAGGACGAAGGAGGGGAUUGAGGGGGCGGAGGUGAGGCAUUUGAGGUGUUUUAGCUUGGAGGAUCAUAAGGUGCUUUGGUGGUUGAGUUGUGAUGCUUUUGAGAAGAACGAGCCGGUGUUGGUGAGGGUGCUCGCGAGGAGGGAGGAGGAAGGGGAUUUGAUGGGGUUGGUUGGGGAGGCGGCGAGGAGGGCUGGGAUGGGGAGCGUUUUUGGGGAGGGAGGGGAUUAG